CAGAGGUUUAGCUCCAUUCAACUUUAGUGUAGAAGAUUAACACAGCGUUGCUCCUAUCUUAUGACCCUCAUAGUAGCUGGGGGGAUCUAGCUUAGAGGUAGUCACAUUGUUAGUUAGCGCUACUUGGUCAUGUUCUUGUAAAAACAACACUCAAAUCUGAGAUAGUUAAAGUUUUAAGUGACAUUUAGUAGUCUUAAUAGCAGAUGAAACCAACAAUGUAUUUCCACUUAAAGAUAGUGUUUUUGAUGCUUGUAGCUUUGACAUUUGUUGUUACCGUUCGUGCUGAUGAAUCGAAAUGUUUGGAAUCUCUUGAACCGAAUUCAAGCGUUCGAGGUAUCAAUGAACUCAAACCAAACCAGCCUCUGUAUCACCUCCACUUUGAUGAACACUUUUUUAAAGACAGUCACGUGGGACAUAGUCAAUACAGAGUUCAUGUGUCCAGCAAGGAUCCCCUAAGACCUUUCCAGUCCGUCAAAAUCACAGCUGAUACCAUUGACGCGUGCGGUGCUGGGGAGUUUGUGUUUAGUGAUAAAGACUACACAGACAACAAGGACGAUCAGUGCACAUACAUUCUGGAAACCGCGACAGACAAGGCAACUCUUGACACACCAUCUCUUACUUGGAGACCUCCAUUUUGUGGCUGUGUCCAUUUCAGGGUGCAGGUUGUUGAUCAAAAUAAUGUUUACUACAUGGACGCGAAAUCCACGAAGAAUGGACAACUGUCACAGACAGUGUGUGUUAAAGAGAGGCUUACCAGAAGUCACUACAUGGAGGCAAUGUGCACGGCCAUCAAUCUCAAAAAUGCCCAAGCUGUCAUCGAUAGUCCAGCUUUCCUCAGCCGACAUGGACUAGACGCUAAGACCAUGGACAAAUUUAACUUACUGAUGGACAUGGAGUUUAGAAGAACCCACAACAUUGAGUGCUGCCAAAAGAAAAAUCUGGCAGACAGGUUGGAGUGUUUGGGUGACAACAGACGUAGACGUAUUGAUAAGUUCUGUGCAUAUGGCACUGUGGAUAUUCCUUUUGCUACAUUUCGAAAUGCACAUAUGCGUAAUAGAGAGUCACACUGCUGUUAUCACUUAGGUGAGCACAGGUACAAGUGCUUUAGUGAGAAAAGUGAAAUAACCAAAGAAACAAUAAAUGCAACUUAUUUAGAUUACUCAUUGGAUGAUACAGACCCAGUGAAUGACCUGGCUGAUUUUACCACAGACUCUAAGGACCAUGAGGUAGUGAAACUGCUGAAAUCGGUGGUAUUUCAUACACAACCAAAGAAUGCUGACACCACCAAUGACCAGCCAGUAAGAGAGGAUUUAGGACACAAAAUUAAGAUCAAAAUUCCAGGUGGCAGCAGUCGGGAAUCAGACUACGCAGGGGAUAGGCCCUCAGCCAGCCUUCGAAACAGUCUUUCAACUUCAGAGGAAGAAAGUCCUAAGACUUUGAACCGAGACAGCAUUGAGAAAAAAAUCAAAAGCAGAGGAAGUGCAGAGAAAAAGAACAUUCACAGAGAACAAUCUGUCGGCCUGGAGAGAAAACUGAAACCUCGCACAAGCUCGGAAAGAAAGUCUACAGACAAAUAUUUUGAUGAGUUUUCAGAGAAAAACACAAAGAGCCUUUCCAGCGCAGAGAAAAAAGUUGGUUCAGUAGAUUAUUAUGGGUCCAAGGAGAGAAAAAAGAAAGAGCGCUCUAGUGGUGAAAAGAAAGUUGGUGUGUUGGAUAGCAUGGAAGGCGAUUACUUGAAAGAUGAUCUUGAAGGAGGAUCAUCCGUUGAAAAGACCUUAAAAAAAAUCAAGAGACAAAUAGAGCGACUCCGUCUUAAGAGUCAGUGUUGUGAAGCUGGAGAACGAUCUGGAACUUCUGUAUUUAGUAGAACAGCUGCACGGGCCAGGAAAGAGUGUGACCAUAGUGCUGGAAAAUACAUUCAGAGACUUCGUCUAGAAUACGAUAACAAAAUGUGCAUCAAUAAUUUCAUCUCAUGUUGUGUAGAAACAUCAGCCAGCCCCAAGAUGUCGAGCAGUGAAUUUCAAAGAAGUCCCUUCAUGAACUACAACAAAGAGGACACUGACCUAGACUUUGAUAAUGAGCCUGAAGUUGAAGAUGUCCAGCCUGAUAAUGGGGAUGAAGAUGAUGAAGAGCAGAAAGAGCUAGAGACAGAUAAAGGAAAUCUUCAGGUCAAUGGCCAGGUGAAUACUGAAGGAAAAAAUCCACCUGUGAAUGAUCUUCAAGAGGAUGACGAAGAGGAUAAUUUGAAUGGCCCCCAAAUUUUUGAUGCUGCUGAUAAUGAUGAGGAUUUCGAGAGAACAGAAGUGCUUUCCAGAGACAAGCCAAAAGGGGAAGAUAAUUUAGAUAACCUUGAGGAUGAAAUGGUUGUUGAAGAUGUUCAAAUGUAUGAGACUCCUCUUAGAAGGGAAUCACCAAAAAUGAAACCGACACUUAGAGGUGAAAAACUACAUCAGUCCAAAUUACGUACAAUGGCUAACACCAAAAAGUCUCAGUCUAGCAGAACUGGUGGAGUCUCCAGAAUUGUAAAAAAGCUAAAAGAAAGGUCAAGUAGAAUGAGAAGGACAUCAUCAGAACGUGUCCAGGGUCAUGAAGGUCAGACACACUGGGUCAAAGGUCAGGUUCCAUCCCUAGAUUCUGGUGAGAUGAUGGCAAUGGUGAAGAAGAAGGCUUUGAAAAAAACAAUGGACUCUAAAGAAAUGGAGGUUCUUGUGACAAAAGAUGAUGAAAGAAUUGAUCUACAAGGGGGACGAUCCAGAUUAUCAAGGCGGCAUAUACCAAAAGGAUAAAAAAGCCCAAUAAUGUUGAUUUAUUUUACUGGCUUAAAAAAUGUACUGAUGUUUUCAAUACACUUAUAUUUUUUCACUGCCUUCUGUUGUGUAGAUCUGAUACACUUAAUUAAAAAUAACUAAGUCAACAUGCAAUAGAUCAGACUGUAUGAUUGCUACUUUGUUUUUGUUGAAACAAUCACCAAUCUCUGCUCUAAUGAUAUAAGUCUACAUAGAAGUGACAUUAUAAUAGUAUUAAAGAUUUUUAUGUUAGAGGUUAUUCACAGUAAUCUCCUUUUUAUUUACAGUUUAUAUUUAGAGUAGUUAAAUCAAUCUUGUAAUUAAAUUUGUAAUAGAUCUAGACUAACAAUAAUAAAUAUGUACGAUUAGAAAUAAUUUUACCAAUUGUUUUUGUUUAGCGUAGUUUCAUACUCUUAGCUUUCUCACUACGCUGUGAUUCUAUCACUUGUCUGGACCAGUUGGGAAAAGGGGGGGGGGGGGGUAAGAAGGGAUUAUCAGGGUGAAUGUUAUACCUUGAUCGCUUUUGAAAUGCAUUUAUAAAAAAUACCUCAAGCUAACAUCCUAACCGCUAUGCCAGCGAAGUAUGAAAAUAGGUUUUAUAGUUAUCUAUUGUUAGUUUGAAACUUUAAAGUGGCCACCUAUUUCUCUCUGCAAAGUAUAGAGGGGACCAAUUCAACUUUUACCACCACAUGUCUAGUAAAAUUUCUUUCCCUUGUUCGAUACCAAACAAAAUAAUUAAUUCUUAAAGAUAAUUAACUAAUUAGUUUUUUUUAUAUGUUUUACUAAAUGUAUAGUAUUGUGUACAGUGGAUACACCAUAAAGCUUGGACUGGCCUGUAGUAGAUGACAAUCACACAUUGUACACAAACUGAUCCUUUUGUUUCUGUUUGGUGUGGAAAACUUUUGUGUGUGUAAUGUUAAUUACCAAUGAAAUAAAAGGCUUUUAAUAACUUGAUAA